AUGACACUCGGAAAGAGCUUCAUCAAUGGCGUCGCCAACUCAGUCGAGCGAAGCCUCAGGAGUUGUAUCCUUCAAGACCCUUCGUUGAGUCUUAUCGCAUCAGAAAAAGUGCUCUACCGACGAACGGAUCAGAGUAAUGACAAAGUCAUCCUCAUUUCCGGCGGAGGUUCUGGUCAUGAACCUGCGCACGCAGGAUACAUCGGCGAGGGAGCAUUGGACGUCGUGGUCGCUGGCGAGAUCUUUGCCUCCCCUUCCGCUUCACAGAUUCUCACAGGCCUACAGACUGUCAAGUCAUCAAAAGGAUCUUUGAUGAUCGUCAAGAACUACACCGGCGACAAGCUCAACUUUGGCCUCGCAGCAGAGAAGGCAAAGGCAGAUGGACAAAAGGUUGAGAUGGUCAUUGUUGGAGACGAUGUGUCAGUCGAGGGAAACACACUCGUCGGCCAGCGUGGUCUUGCAGGAACAGUCUUCUGCCAUAAGAUCGCUGGCGCAAAGGCAGCUCAGGGAGCCUCCCUCAAACAAGUCGCUUCUACCACAAGAAAAGCCGCUUCGCACAUGGCCACUGUCGCAGCGAGUCUCGAUCGAUGUAGUGUUCCCGGACGGUCGACUCAAGAAGCCCUUCCCCACGGCCAGCUCGAAUUCGGGAUGGGAAUACACAACGAGCCUGGUGUCAAGCGCGAAGAAAUUACGAGCCUUGAGGUGACAGUUGAGAAGGCAUUGGGCAUGAUGUUCACUCCCAAAGCCAAUACGUGGCAACCAGGAAAGGGGCAGCGGGUAGCUCUGAUGGUCAACAACCUGGGCGGCUUAAGUGUCUUGGAGAUUGGUGUUGUUGCAGAUGAGGUGGUGAGGCAAUUAGUGAAACGAAGCAUACAUAUCGAAAGGAGUCUCGUCGGUACCUUUAUCACCUCUCUUGACGGGCCCGGCUUCUCUGUCACUCUACUGUCACUCGACGAUGAGUUGAGGGACUUGCUUGAUGCUCCUACUACGGCACCGGCUUGGCCACGUUCGAUCCACGCCUGGGCAACAGAUGCAGAGUCUGUAUCGAAGCGUGAGACGAUAGUUCCUGUUGCGAAGGCCAGUAGUAGGGAGACGGGAGUCAAAGUGCCGACAUCGCUUGUCAAGGUCCUCAUCGAAUCAGUAGCCCGAACAACAGCAAGGGAUGAGCCCAAGAUUACAGAAUACGAUACGCUUGCAGGCGAUGGAGACUGUGGAGAGACGCUUCUGAAUGGAAUUACUGGUCUCGCAAAAGAGUUCGAAAACGACGAUGCAGUUUCUCUGGACAUUGGCCAAGUCUUCCGACGAACAGCGACAACCGCAGAAAGGAGCAUGGGCGGCACAUCGGGCGCCAUCUACGCCAUCUUCCUUAACGCUGUAGCGAAUCGACUUUUGGAACUGACCGCUGAGUCUCCAUCGCUUACGGUCUCCGAGUUCAUACAACAAGCUCUUCAGAGCGGCCUAGACGAGCUAUGCAGAUACACGCCCGCACGAAUCGGUCACCGCACACUAAUGGACGCACUCAUACCAUUCGUCAAGAACUAUUCCUUGGAUGGCUCACUAAGGGCUGCUCUGGUAGAGGCACGCAAGGGAGCCGAGAGUACACAGCAGAUGGUAGCGGCCUUGGGACGGGCGAGCUAUGUUGGGCAGGACAGAUUCGACGAGGAGGGCGGUAUUCCUGACCCUGGAGCUCUUGGUAUUGUAAGUAUUCUCGAAGGUCUUUGCGGUGGAUUAGAUACUCGAGUCAAUUGA